AUCCCACUCUCUCUCCAUUUGCUCUACUAUUCUGGUAUGGCUACAGAAAUGAAAAUCGAGAGGAAAUCGUCCAUAGAAAAGGAGCCCCUAACUCUAUUUUUUGAUCAGAUACAGUACGCCAGGGAAGCUGCUUUAUAUGUGCUCAGCACCAAGACGAUGGAGGAGGCUCUCCGUAUUUUUACUGAAGGUUUGCAGCCGGUGCUGAAAAUUAGCAAAAACGAGAUGGAGAUGGAAGAUACGGAUUUAUCAGACCUCAACGGCGAAGAUGACAGUUUUCUCCUUCUGGAUGAAUUCCAUGACAUCACUUCAGCACCUUUCUAAUGAAGUUUUAUAUAUAAAAAUAAUGUAAAUCUGUCUUCCUCAAGCUUUGUCAGAAAUAUUUUUGGAGUUGAAUAAACAGGAAUGUAAAUGCAUAUCAAAACAACACUCCCUUGACAGAAAUGUCGGAAGCAGAU